CAGGACCAGCUCCCACAAUCUCCCAUAUAAACCAAAACAGGAAAAGCUGCAACAUACCCCAGGAGAUGAUAGAAGGUGGAAUAACUUCCAGGAUGUCAGGAAUAAUUGACAAUGCUGGGCAUCAUCCAUCUCCACAGGACUACAGGCUUCUGACCACAGACCCCUCCCAGCUGAGAGUGGAGGACCUCCCUGGGGACCUGCAGUCCCUGUCAUGGCUCACCUCAGUGGAUGUGCCCAGGCUACAGCAGAUGGUUGAUAGCAGAGGACACAGCAAUGGGCCCUCCCAGGGCAGCCUGCUGGAGCAACAGACAGCUCAACUAAAUAACAUGACGAUACCAGUCAGCCAGAACUCCGUGCUGCACCUUCAGAGCAACAUGCAGCACAGCCCCCUGGGUAUCAGCAUAAUAAACACCCACAGUGGAAGUAUGUCUCCUUUCUCCAUGAAUGGGCUGCCUUCCCCUGGAUAUCAAUGUCCUACCUCAGUAUACCAGCCUGCAUCUCAGCAGGUGUACUCUCUCACCCAAAAUGGACAACAGUGCUCAGCAGGUGGACUUUAUAGCAAUGUGUCUUUCAACAACCAAAGUCUUUUUGCACAACCUCGUCUGGCCCCACAAGAACAGGACCUGCAGCCCAAAUCUUUCCCCAAACCAAUUUACUCCUACAGUUGUUUGAUUGCCAUGGCUUUAAAGAACAGCAAAACUGGAAGCCUCCCUGUCAGUGAGAUCUAUAGCUUUAUGAAGGAACACUUUCCAUAUUUCAAGACUGCACCUGAUGGUUGGAAGAAUUCAGUCAGACACAACCUUUCCUUAAAUAAAUGCUUUGAGAAGGUGGAAAACAAGACGAGCAGCUCUUCCCGUAAGGGCUGCCUGUGGGCGCUGAACCCUGCCAAAAUUGACAAGAUGGAGGAAGAGAUGCAGAAGUGGAAACGCAAAGAUCUCCCAGCUAUUCGCCGCAGCAUGGCAAAUCCAGACGAGCUGGACAAACUGAUCACAGACCGCCCAGAAAACUGCAGACGGAAGCCUCUGGAGCCCGGCAUGACCCGGCUGGCUGGCUGCACAACUGGUCUCCCUCUGUCUGUGCCUGCACAGAUGCAACCUCCACCCAUCGUCACACUGUCUCUGCCAUGUUUGCCCAUGCACCAACACCACCAGCUUCAAGCUCAACUCCAGGCUCAGGCCCGACUGGGCCCCAUGUCCCCUGCUCCGGCCCAGACGCCCCCCCUCCACACGGUCCCUGACCUUUCCCACAGUCCACUCACCCAGCAGCCCAGUAAGCCUCCUGAUGAUUUUUACAGUGUGCAGAGUGAUACAAACACAGAGGUGGAUGCACUGGACCCCAGCAUCAUGGACUUCGCCUUUCAAGGGAACUUGUGGGAAGAAAUGAAAGAUGACAGCUUUAACCUGGAUGCUUUGGGCACCUUCAGUAACUCCCCUCUGCGACUUUCAGACUGUGACUUGGGAUCAGCGAUCCCUCCAGCCUCCAAUGGAGUGAGCGGGUCGCUGUCAGAUGUGCAAGUGACGGGGCUGUACACCUCAUACACCUCACAGGAUCCCCUGUCCUCCCAGUACAUGGGCAGCCAACCCAACAGCAAACCCAUUGCCCUGCUUUAAAAAGGCCAAACUGUUUCCUAAUAAUCAACUUUUUUCGUUCUUCCCAAUUUUUGGAUGGCAGCUAACAAAGUGGGAUUAUUUACGAAGAAGUGAAAGUUCUAGGAACUUGGAGAACCUUGACGGAAACUUUUUUUUUUUAACAAUUAAACUGAUUUCUAGGAACUAAAACCACAUAUGACUUGAAAAAAAAAGUCAGACCUGAAAUCUUUAGUUUUGCCAAGCAAAGACUGGAAACUUCUAUAAGUACAGUGUGUGGAGAACUGCAUGGAAGUUAGUUCUUACCUGUUCCUCUAUUGUUCUCCGUUCUGUGAUGUAGCUCAAAAACUCUUGUCUGUUGUAUUGUGCUAGACUUUAUUGCUGUGAUGUUUUAUUUAUAUUUAUAAAAGACAGCUGGGGACGAUGAUAACUCUAUCAAUCUUUUGCUGUAUAUAUUUAAUUGUUUGAAUUUGGUGUAACCCACAUCUUUCCAAAACACACCCAGUAAGUCAGCUUGUACUUGGUGCUCCUCCACCUUAUGAUUUACAUUUCUGAAAUGAAGAUGUUUGAUUUGCUAUUUGCCUUGAUAAACAUAAAAAAAAACUGGAUUUUCAGGAACUUCAUUGUAAAGAUGCUGAAAAUAAAAUAAAUUAUUAGGAGCAUCCCAUACAGUUUCACAAUAACAAGCCUUUUACACUUUUAAGUGCAUCUCAGUAAAGUCUAAUAUAAGGUUGUUAUUUCAGUAAUUCCAUUAAACCAGCCAAACUACUAACUAAUAUGUUGGUGUUUCUUACAAAUAGUGGUAUAUUUCAAGCAUUUAUUUCUCAAAUUUGAUUGUGGCAUACAGAUUUUUUAAAUUAUAAUUCUGUUUCUUAGAUAAUUACAAUAUCAAUAGGUCAAUAAAAAUUUUUCUUGAAAUCAGAAAUAUCUGCAUAUUAAAAGCUUGUCCAUGAACUGGAUUCAAUCUUUGGUUCGGGCUCGUUUUGCAUCAAUUACUGCAUACAGCGUAGCAUGGAGGCAGUCGUCCUAUAAAUAUGCUGAGGUGAUGAUGAAGCCCAGAUUGCUUUAAUGGAAUCAUUUAGCUUAUCAGCAUUCAUAGCUCUGGUUCCAUCUAUCUGCUAUUAAACUGCCAAACAAGCUACUGUUUCGACAACUGUUCCAAGGCAUGGAGACAGUUUUAGGGCAAAAAUGCCCUUUAAGGACUGCCAUAAAGUAUUCUUCCUAGACCUGGAUAUCAACAUUAGCUGUUCAACAGAUCUCCUAUAUGUGGGGAAGCCUUUCAGGCCCGGGAUGGUUUGUUUAGCCAUUUCAAGACCCAUAAUCACUGAUAUAUAAAGCAACAUUGAGUUUUAGCCUUCUUAAAAUAUGAGAGAUGAACAUUAUGCCAUUAAAAUCUACUGGUUCUCAGUGGAGCUUAGGACAGGCCAGUUGCACAGUGAUAUGUCAUUUAAGCAGGUGUUGGUAUAAUCGGUUGUGAGGAUAGGUGCCCAGUCCUGUUGGGCAAUGAAAUCAACAAUUCCCAAAGCCCUGUCUGCAGAGAAAAGCAUAAAACUCUUCAACAUUUGCAGACAGCUGCUCUGACUUGCGACUUCAGAAAACACCCUGGUUCAAUACUAGUAGAAGACAUAAGUCUCCAAAUCAUUAUUGACUGAGCAAACUGCAAACUGAGCCUUAAGGAACUUGGAUUCGGUGCCUCUCCACCUUUGCUCAAGACUGCUUUAGUUUUAAACAAAAUGCUAAAUUUUGCUUUCAACUGAAAGAUGACUUUGGAACAUCCUUCAGUGCAUUUGACUCCUCUGUGAGACAUAAACUGUCCCUGAUUCAGGAGUGGCUCAAAUCAAAGAAUGGGGCGGAUGUUCUCCAUGUCUCUCUUUGUGGUGUAUUUUACAUUUUCUUCCAUACAUUUACCUUACAAUCAACUUUAUAUAUAGCCAACCUUUUUUAAUAAUUACAUUUUAGGGCUGAACAAUUUUGCCAAAAAUCCAAUUGCGAUUAUUUCCAAUCAAUAUCACGUUAGCAAUUUUAUUGCAAUUUUCCUUUGCACAAAGCAAAAGUCUGAGGAUGUUUUUACUCAAGGGUUUAAGCUUACUUGUCAAUGAGCCCACUGUUACAGGACUUAACUGUAACUUUUGCAUUCUGUGCGGCAGCAUACCCAUUUUAGGUGUAUUACCACCACCUAAAAGGCUCAAGGGAAAAAUUAAGUGUCUUAGUCUUGUUAAAUGUAAUGUGACUAAAAUUGAUUGCAUCUACGAUUUGAAAAUAGUGUUUUUGUAACUGAAAUUAUAAUGCCAAUGCAAUUAAUUUUCCAGCCCUUUGAAGGCUUAACCUCAACA